GCGUAAGCAGUUAUGAACUUUUAGUUCGACGUGAACGUUUGUGGAAUUGAGACGUGCUUUAAAGAAACCGCAAAAAAAAGUGAAAGUGUAAAAAUAUAUACUUUUUUUCUUAACUUUAAACCCAAAAAGGUGACAAAAGCCGAGCUUAAUGUGAAAAUAAGAAAAUUGAAAAGCAAUCAAGAGUCAUUUACGUAAAUCGGUACAUAUAAAGUUAAUAAAAAUAGUAGCUAAUUUUUUUCGAUCACAACUACACGCAAUCUUUAUAUUGCGCUUGUGUAAGUGACUGUGUAAGGGGACGACGGACCGGUUCAACGGGCCGCUUAUAUCACCACACAACCAAGCCGACCACAGUCGAAUUCAACAAUCCAAAUCGCUCCGCCAGUAAAGUACACAAUGACUUGGUUAAGCUUAGAGUUUUUAGCGCUGCUCGUGUGCUUUCUAACGCCCUGCAUAUUCGCUCAAGAAACCUGCCAAAUUGGACGCGACCUAGCCGAUGUGCCACACACCGUACGCUCGGAUUUGUAUCGCGGCCAACAGAACUUCACCGUAUCGAUGCUGCAAGCCAUCAAUAAGGCUACACCCAACGAGAAUGUCUUCUUCUCGCCCUACAGCACAUUCCACGCUCUCCUGCUGGCGUAUUUUGGUGCACGCGGCCAGACAGAGGCGGAGCUGACGCAAGCUUUGUCCUUGCAGUGGGCAAAGAAUAAGAAUCAUGUGCUCAGCGGCUAUAAUUUGGAGAAGAAGAGUCGCUUGAUGCGCGCCAAGAAAAUGCCACUACAGUUCGCUGGCGCCGAUCGCAUCUACUUCGACAAGGAAAUUCCGCUUACGGACUGUGUUAAGGAUAUUUUUCAUGAGGAGCUGGCAUCGCUUGAUUUCCACAAUAACGCCGAACAGAGUCGUAUUGAAAUCAACAAUUGGAUUAGUAAUGUGACACAGAAUGAAAUUCCCGAUAUGUUGAGUCCUGGCGAUGUUGAUGCGCAGACACAAUUAGUUUUGGCAAAUGCUGCAUACUUUAAGGGUCAGUGGUCGAAUAAAUUUGAUCCCAAAGACACAAAGAAAGACAUUUUCUACACAUCGGAGAGCAAGCAUUCAUUUGUGGAUAUGAUGCAUAAGCGUGGCACUUACAAUCUCGCUUUGGACGAAUAUCUGGGUGCCUAUGUGUUGGAGAUGCCCUAUGUCACUUCCAAUGACAACGAGAAGGAAUCGGAUAUCUCGAUGAUCGUGAUUCUUCCGCCUUUCCACAAUUUGGAUGGCGUUUUGGCUAAACUGACACCGGACUCAUUGGACGAUGCGCUGAAAGAAGGCAUGGCGCGUGAGGUAGAAGUGGCGCUGCCAAAAUUCGCAUUUGAACAAAAGUUGGAACUGGUGCCGAUUCUCCGCGAAGUUGGCAUCAAUUCUCUAUUCGAAAAGGAAGCCGAUCUAAGCGAUUUCUCGGCCAAUAGCCUGCCAAUCGGUGACGCUAAACAUGUGGCCAAAAUAAAGGUGGACGAAGAGGGCAGCACCGCCUCAGCGGCCACAGUGCUUUUCAGUUUCCGUUCAGCACGUCCGCUCGAACCAACUAAAUUCGAGUGCAAUCAUCCAUUCUUGUUCCUUAUUUAUGACUACAGCGCCAAGGCGAUAUUAUUCACUGGCAUCUAUCGCGAUCCAAUGACACAGAAGUAAAUGGCGGUGCUAAGUUGAAGCAAAUUUUAAAUUAUAAAUAUUAUUUUUUAUAA